UGCGCAGGCUCCUCGUUGUCUGCUACGUUUCCUCUGUCAUUUCCUGGCCCUCGGGUUUCCAACCAGUCAAGGGCAUCAUUUCCGUCCAGGCGACAACUUCCUCGAAGCUCACGUGGUGUGCAACUCGGGAGUAGACGCGGGGCGGUGCUUGACUGGCCGUUUGUGCCUUCUUUCGACUGAAGAUUCGGUCGGUCUGGACCGCAGUGGCCUCUCCAUAGACGCUGUCGAGGUAAAGGCGAUGGUGCUCCAGCGGAACCGUCGCCGCCAACGGAAGAAGAAAGCGCCCGGCGGAGGUGGGGCGCCCGCAGGUGUGGUAGCCGCAGUUGCCACGGCAGGCAGGGAUGAGUCAGCGAGCGAGGAGAGCGGGGGAGGCGUGAGUAGCGGAGAGGAGGGUCCGCGCGCAGAAGGCGUUUCGCAGGUUCGAGGCGGAAUCCACGAUGAGGAUCCGUCGUUCUUUUCUCCCAUCUCGACUGCUGUCCAUCCGCCGGUAGGAGGCUGCCAACCCCGAGGUGGGAUGGAGCUCUUAGGGAAGCCGCGCUCGUCUCUGGGAACCCGACAGAUCCGACAGAUGCAAAUGCGCAGCUCCGACGACAGCUGCGAGAAACGCGACUACCGCAGUAGCGGCGCGGAGAUCGAGAGCGACGGGGCCGGCGAGCGCGGACCGGAAGACGAACAUGGAGGGACGGAAUGCAGCGUGACCGAGAGCGACGAACAGUAUUCGAACAGCGGCCAGGACGAAGAGGAAGACUACAUGUCUCGACACCGGAGUGACGCCGAAGACGUCGACUCGUACUCGUCUGAGGGCGAAGAUGGCGAGGAGUACGACGAUGAUGUCGGCAGCAACCGACCAUUGGAUCUCAGUGGAGACGAUGAGGGAGAAGAGGAAUACGAAGAUGAAGAAGGAGACUCUCUAGACGACUUAAGUCCCCAAGGCGCCAGCCCGGUCGCUCCCUCCAAGGGCAGCAGCUGCGGCUCAGGCGGCGCGUCCGGAGAAACAGGAGAAUCAGGGACAGAAGGGGGCAGCUCCGCGGCCCAAGGAGAUGACACCGGAGAAGCAGAGGACGAUGCAGCCAAAGGCAAUAUGGAGAGCGACAUGUACUUCACAGAGAGUGACGAUGAGGACGCCAAGGAGUAUCGAAAGGGAGGGUACCACCCUGUCAAAGUCGGCGAGAUCUACAACCGGCGUUACCGCAUAGAAGCCAAGCUCGGCUGGGGUCAUUUCAGCACUGUGUGGCUCGCCACUGACCUUCAGUCGUCACCUUUAGAGUACGUGGCCAUUAAGUUCCAGAAGAGCGCUAAACACUACACAGAGGCCGCUGUGGACGAAGUUCACCUCCUCACUGCCGUCAAAGAGGGCGUGAAGAACGCCAUCUGGCGCGAAGCCUCCAAAGGCUACAGCGAAAUUGUGAAGGAGAGGCUGGUGGAAGGGAACGCGGUGGACACGAACAAUUCGCGUCUGCCGCCUCCGCCGCUUUCGCCGAACUCUUCGUUGGCGCCCCCUCCUGUAGUGGUUUUCAAAGAAAAGUUUGCGCAUACGGGCCCCAACGGCCGGCACAUGUGUCUCGUCUUCGAAGUCCUUGGACCGAAUUUGCUGUCGUUGAUCAAGCGCUUCAACUUCCGCGGGUUGCCGAUGAAUCUCGUUCGGCGCGUGGCGACGGACGUUCUGUACGGCCUGUCUUACCUGCACGACGUGUGCGACAUCAUCCACACAGACUUGAAGCCGGAGAACGUGUGUGUGUCUGCGUACCCGCUGCCGUCGCCGCUGCCGCCGGCGGGCGCGGGCGCAGUCCCUGCUGUCUCGACUGCUGGGCCUCUCACCGCCGAAGACAAGAAGCGCGAGCGAAGAAAGCGCAAGAAACAGAACCGGAAGCAGCGGAAGAAAGCACUCGCCGCGGCGUUGGCCGCCGCAGAGAAAGAGGAAGACGGUGAGAAGGGCGACAAUGCGGGGAGUGUCGCGGAGGGCGACGAGGACGAUGAGGCUGAGGGUGCAGAGAACGACACGGGCCUUCCUCACGGCAGAGAGGCGAAGGAAGAGGUUCACCCGAACGCGGACGAAACGACCAGCGCGACUGCUGCCAAGGACGCAGAAGAAAAAGAGGAAAAGGGCGACAGUGCACCCCCGUAUGUGAAGGGGAACCUCCGACCGAGUCGAUCCGACCCCUCUCUUCUCACAUCCUACACAGACAGCAUCCACGCCGUUCAAGGAACUCUCAACAGACAUAUGUACAACUACGUAGGGUACUCGCAGUUCCGCUCUCCGGCGGCAUAUUGCUGCCCGCGGUCGGGGCGCCGCGUCAUGUACUGGUUGCCUAUCGACUAUGACGAGAAGGAAGCAGCGGGAGCUGGCGACUCGGGAGGAAAGAAAGAGACAUGCGAGAAGGGCGAGGGAUCGAAGCAGAAGGGGAAGGAGGCGAAGAGGCCCGUUGCGCCGGCGGGCGACGAGAAGGCCGCGUCUGGUAAGACUGCGGACGGCGGAGAGCAGGGACAGCUGCAGCAGCUGCCUCUGCUCCACGAUGACCUUCUUCUGCAUCCGGUGGCGGAGGGGAUUUACGCGAAGCAACAGAAAGCUGCGACUCAAGGCUGUUCGUCUGGAAAGGACGCCCAGGGUGCAGCGGGUGGCGAAUCGGAAACCAACGGCGACGUCCUCAUGUGGGGGCCUUACGUGAAGCUCGCACCUGGCGAGGAACCCCCGAAGGAGAUGACCGUCGUCAACACGACUGAGGGACGCAUCUGCAUCAAGCCUCUGCCUCCGUCUUCGUUCGUCUUCGAACAACCCAGUGCAGUGUACAAACUCUGCGACCUGGGAAAUGCUUGCUGGGUGCACGAACAUUUCACUGACGACAUUCAGACGCGGCAGUACCGCUCGCCAGAGGUGAUCAUUCGGGCAGGGUAUGACUGCUCUGCGGACAUCUGGUCCUUUGCAUGCAUGCUCUUCGAGUUAAUCACUGGGGACUACCUCUUUGAUCCAAAGUCUUCUUCGGCUUUCGAUCGAGAUGAGGACCACCUCGCUCUGAUCAUCGAGCUCCUGGGAAUGUUCCCCACUGAUUUUGUGAGCCGCGGUCGGCUCUCGGGUAGAUUUUUCAGGGGGAAUACCAGCCAGCUCCGGCGCAUUCAGCAGCUGCGCUUCUGGCCGCUGGACGCCGUCCUCCGGGAGAAGUACCAUCUCCCCGCAAUUGAGGCAGAGUCUCUGUCAGACUUUUUGCUUCCCAUGCUGGCCAUCGAUCCGCGCCACCGACAGUCGGCCGCACAGAUGCUUCAACACCCUUGGCUUCGUAUGCGCACGAUGCAGGACGAAAUUGUUUACGCCCAAAUGCGACGCAACAUGCAUGUGAGCCACCCUGCGAUAGACGGCAUCUUGCAGCACGCGCCAGGUGAGGAGCAACAGGAGGCAGCGCCUCGUCCGCGGCCUCGCGGAACCGCCUCUGCUUCUCACAACACCCUCUCGGCUUCGCUGAUUUCCUCUGGAACCGUUGAAGCCUCUCAGGCGCUCGCAGCUGCGCAACAGCAGUUGGCGGGCCACCACUUCUCCUACGACAGUCUGUUUGCCUCCGGCGUUUCUCCUGGCGACGCGACCUCGAGUGCAGAUGGGAACUUGUCUGGAACAAAAGGCACCGCGACGACGGCAUCAACCCGGAGCUGCGGGGGCAUCACUGUCCCCGUCGUGAGUGGGUCUUCUUUUUUGACGGGGGCGGCGCCGGUCGGCAGUUCUCACCCUGCCUAUGCGGCCAGUGCGCUUGAGGCGGCAGUCGCGGGGCUGGUAUCCUCAGCGCCUUCUUCUUCGGGGACGAGUGCGUCUCUGGGCGCAGCGGCGAGCCUCGUCUCCGGAGCGGGCUCUGCGCGACUGCCUCCCCACCUGUCUCCGACCGUGGCGCUGAGCCCUCACGGCACCGCUCACCAGCCGUCUCCGGUCUCGCCGUGUUCUUCUCUCGCCUCUCACUCGGCCUAUCCUCCGAGUGGCGAGAGCCAGGCGCGAGCGCAGCCCCCGGCGGUCGGCCAGUCCUCGGCCGCCGGCGGUCGCGCUGCCGGGGCGCCAGAGACAGCGGCCACAGGCUCGGGGGCCGGCGUCGGCGCGACUUCGUUCAUGGGGAACUCGCCCCUCUCGGGCUCUGCGUUUCACCUUGCCUCCCAGGACGGACCCUCCACCCACAGGGAAGGGAAGCCCGGCGCAGGCAGCCUCUUUGGGCAGCAGCUGCCGCCGCAGGACCUGCAGCAGCUCCUUCUUCUGCUCCCUGCGGAAAAGCAGGCCCUCCUCCAGGAACACAGCACUGUCAGUGGCGCGGCGACUAGUAGGGGUGUCGAGACUCCCGCGGCAAUACGAGGAACGCUGUCACUCGACGCCUUCGACCAGGCGUUCCUCGCUGGACGAGUGCAUCCGACGCCCACGACCUCGUCGCCUCCCCGUACAUCUUACCCGGAGGCGAGGAACGCGGGGGUGAGGUUGCCUGUCUCGGCGCGGCCAUCCAUGACUGAACAUGCGUCUGCUGGGGACAUCAGCGCUCUUGCGUCGGCUCGAGGACCGACGAACCGAAGGAAACCAGACGAGGAACAGUUUGGCAGCCCCUGUAGUCGGACGGCAUCUAUGCAGAGGCGGGAACAACUGCGACAGCAGAUGCUCGACGGCAUCACCUCCUCCGUGCUAGGUGCCGAACGCCACUCGCUGAAUGCUGACGAAUUCGCAGCCUUGCGCCAGCAGCACUGCACGCCGCUGCCUCUAGGAGCAGCUGGCAACGCGUGUGGCAACAACAGCGGCAUUCUAGGGUCCUGCGCAACAGAUGUCGACUUCCCGUCAGAUGUUGACUUUACUCAGGCGGGUUUUCCGUUGACACGGGAUAUGGCUGGUUCAGACCCUCGAGGAGCCGUCCACAUGCUUUUGGGUGGCACGGACAGCCGAGGCCAACACCAGGGUGGCCGUAACACACUUCCGAGCGGUACGGCUAGUGGCACAUUCCCAUGGCAGAUUCAGAAUCAGCAACAGCUGGCCAGUGCUGAGCUGCUUGCUGCACUGAAGCAGGAGCAGCGGGCUGUCAGUAAUUGCUUUCCGUAUGCUGGAAUGGGCAGUGGCCCGACGCCUGGAGCACAGGUGAAAUCUGGUGCUGGAGGCGACGUGAAGCAGCACAUUCCGUACGGGCCCUGCAAGGCGCAGCAACUAGCGCAGGCAGGAGGUUCCGGUGUCGACUUAUUCGCAUCACAGCACCAUCAGGUUGCAGGAGGUGGAAGAGACAAUACUUUUUCUGAAGCGACAAGGAAGGCUGACGAGAGAGGGUGGCAGGCCACACCAACAAAUUCCUGUCAGCAAUGGCGUCCAGAUUGUUCAGGCAUCAGUUUUCAUCCGUACCAGGCGCGUCACCAACAACUUGACCAAUUAGUGCAACAAGAUGGAGUUCAGCGCCAAAUGCAGCACCAACUCCACGAGAAAGAUCAACGAGAAAAGCUGAAACAACAACUUUUGCGUCAGCAGGAAGACCUCACACGCCUCCUCGGAAAGGCACAACAACAAUUUCAACAACAGCAACAGCUCCAGCAACAGUGACACGUGUAUGCGUGCGCUGGGAAUGCACAGUUUGCGUGAUGCGGCAAAGCAAGGCCGCUAGUGUGUGUUGCGCCACAAGAGGAAAGCGUCUCUUGGGGGGGGUUGAUGCCCCUGGUUGCUUUCAGGAUGCGAUCUGUUUGAGGAGGCAGUAAUGCAGGAGAUCCCGAGUCUGCCUCAAUCAACGUCUUCCGGAACGCAUCUCCCUUUUUCGCGCAUAACUGCACCUUGCUAGUGUCCGAUACCCUUUUGCAUUGUCGUUCCGUUCACUGCUGCUCCACUAUCUUCUGUGAUGCUGCUUUGGCGUUUCCGUUGUUGCCGUGUUUCUUCCAUUUUUUCUCCUUGACUCAAAGAUCACGGUGCAGCGGCCAUGCGUGCCGCCCAGCCGUCGGGAAACACAAGUACGGAAAGAACCCUUUACCCAAAGU